UUUGGCUAAGAUCAAAGUGUAGUAUCUGUUCUUAUCAGCUUAAUAUCUGAUACGCCCCGCAUGCGGGGCCAGUAUAUUAAACUGAUUUUUGGAAAUUGAUGGAGAUUUAAGAGCUUGCUCUAUCUCCGUCGCGGGUUGGCCUAGCAUUGCAGUACCGCUAGGAUCGGCCCAAAUAAACUAAUACAAACAUAGGAAAUCAUACAUGUAACCAACUAACAACGAAGUAUUCGUGUAGAUAAUAAUUCUAGUUCAUAUCUAUACUCACGAAAUUCCCUACGUAAAACUAUUCAUUAAAUUAUGUUAGAUAUCAGAAACUGCUGCUCGUUAAAAAUAAACAGUACGAUACAACAUACAAAAGAAAUUCUAUUAAAAACAUUUUCAGACAUGAUUGUUUAACAUUUGAUUUUCUUAUUGUUACAGGUAAGUUAGAUCAUCGGGGGAAUUGCUGUAGAUAACUUGCAAUUGGACAUGUGAGUUGUUUCCUCCUAAUUUUUUUUAGGUCGCGGAGUGUUCGCUGUCCGGUAAUGUUAAUUGUAUGAAAGUUAGUUUGUUAAAGGCAAACUUUUCAAGAAGAUAAGUUACACAUUAUAAUGCAAUUCCAAAAUUAAAUUUUUACAGUCGAGUUUGCCUUAUAGAAUUGGAUAUAUAUUCUUUAGAAAUAUGUGUGUUUGGUGAAAAAAAAAAUAUAAAAGGAAACAUUUGUUAAGCCUUUAAAAAUUUAUUAAAAAUAUAUUGAUAUUUAUUAAUAGAUUCGUUUAAGGCUAAACAGUUUGAUCUUGUGUUUUUGCACCAGUUGGAACAUUUUGUAACAAUUUUAUUUAUUUUCUGUUUUCAACAAUUCUUUUGACGAUACGCAUUCUUAAUCUGCUUUCAUUGUUAUUGUAUGGUUGUCCCAAAAAUCUUCACAAAUUUUUAGAACACUGUAUCUUAUUGAAUUCCCCUUUGUUAAUAAUUAAUAUAGUAAUAAAAAGUAAGGCGUGUAAAGUUGUAAUGUGGUUACACCAGACUGUACCUUCUCCUUAAUGGGCACUUUUCGUCUCUCAACAACGUGUCUCACAGGGACACAAGCUGUUAAACAUCUGUUACAGGUCCCAACAGCCGACACCCAACAGUGUUUUUAAUAAACAUAACCUCUACGGAAUCUAUUGUUUCUUAAAUUUUUAUAUAUUCCAUUUCCAAAAUGCUAACACUGUUUUUAAAAAUAUAUUACUGUUAGAUGGUUGUCACUGCGCUAAUUUUCUUGUAAAGUAAUUAAAUAUAAGAAUGUUUAAAUUCAAUUUCUUUGAAGACAGUUCUGCUUGUAAUAAAAACGAGGAAAAACCUAACUGCAAAGAAUGUGAAGAGUUACAUGUAAAUAAUUUCAAACUACCACCAGAAUAUCCAAUUAGCAUUCUUAAGAUUAAUGAUAAACCUAAUGAAAUACUUAUUAAGCAUGUGGCACAUGAUGAUGUGAUUAAUUACAUCAAAAAGCAAGGUAAUUCCGAUACCAAUCUAUUUGAAGCUGAAGAACAGCAUUCCGAUUUGCUUAGUGGCGUUUAUGAAGGUGGUUUAAAAGUAUGGGAAUGCACUUUCGAUUUAGUAAAUUUUUUAAUAGAGAAAGACAUUAACUUCAUGUCGAAAAAAGUUCUCGAUCUUGGCUGUGGUGUUGGCAUUGUAGGCAUUUGGGCAAUACUUAAGGGUGCAACAGUAGUUUUUCAGGAUUAUCGCCAGCUGCGAGAAACCGUCCUACCGAUCGGAUUCAGGAGGCCAAGAAAAUCCAACGGCUCUAUCGUAAAAACAAAAAGGUCAGCUGUUCAAAGGGUUCUCGCAGGUCCAAAUCAGGUCUGCGAGAUAAAUUUAGCAAAUAUUGAGACCUUUUUUCAGGAGUUGGCUGCUCGUAGAGCUGGAAGAGUAGACUGGCCGAAUGUUUUCGAUCAAGUGGAGCCGACCCCGGAGAGCAACGACAAUCUGUGCAGGCCAAUUGAGUCGGAGGAGGUGAUCGCCUGCCUGAGCCGCCGAUCCAACACGGCGUCGGACCCAGACGGUGUCACAUACGCCGACCUCAAGAAGGCCGAUCCCGGGGCACGUGUGCUGACAGCACUAAUGAAUGCUGUUUGGCGUACAGAGGCAGCUCCCGCUUCGUGAAAGGAGUCAAACACCAUUCUCCUGUACAAGAAGGGGGACCCGAUGGACAUUCGCAACUGGAGGCCGAUCUCUCUUGGAGACACGGU